UUAAUCAUGGGACACGAUUGAUUUUAAUACUUGGUAUAAAUAGUCUAAUUUGACCAAUGUAUAAUCAAUUAAUCAAAGCCAACACGUACUAUCCAUUUCCCGUCACGUGCCACUCACACCCGACAACCUCACCAUCACUUCGCCGACGUGUCCCACUACCGCCAGGUCAGCCACUUUAAAUCUCCGCACCACCACGUGUUCAACUAUAAAUUGCCCCCCAUUUUAUCCAUCACGAAUUUACCCUCCAUCGGCAUUUCAUUUCAUUUCAUUUCACAUCACGUGAAGUAAAUGAAUUCAUAGAGAGAGAAAGAGUCCCAGUACAUAGGGGGGAAAUCUAAUUCAUAAAAGGGGAAACAGACCUCGUGAAUUGAUGGCGACGCCGGAGAUACAGAACGGUAGCGUUUCGGUGAUGGCGGCGGCGCCGUUAGCUGGUCCUUUGGAUCAGAACGGCCACUCGGCUGCGGCGCUCAGGGUUUCGUCGCCGAUUCGGAUUUUUUUGUUCUUCCACAAGGCUAUUCGAGCUGAGCUGGACGGUCUUCACCGGUCGGCGAUGGCUUUGGCGACCAAUAGAGGUGGAGGCGACAUCAAGCAGUUAACGGAGAAGUGCCAUUUCCUGCGCUCGAUUUACAAGCACCACUGCAAUGCAGAGGAUGAGGUUAUCUUUCCAGCACUUGAUAUCCGUGUGAAGAAUGUGGCACGGACUUACUCCCUUGAACAUGAGGGUGAAAGUGUGCUUUUUGAUCAGCUCUUUGCGUUGCUAAAUAAUUCUAUGAAAAAUGAAGAAAGCUAUAAGAGAGAGUUGGCCUCUUGUACAGGAGCCCUGAAGACAUCAAUCAGUCAGCACAUGUCCAAGGAAGAGGAGCAGGUCUUCCCCUUGCUCAACGAUAAGUUUUCAUUCGAGGAGCAAGCAUCUUUAGUAUGGCAAUUUUUGUGCAGCAUUCCCGUGAAUAUGAUUGCAGAAUUCUUGCCGUGGCUUGCGUCAUCAAUUUCACCAGAUGAGCGGCAUGAUAUGCGUAAAUGCCUGCACAAAAUAAUCCCUGAUGAAAAGCUGCUCCGACAGAUUAUAUUUACCUGGAUGGAUGGAUUAAAGAUUUGCAACAAGCGCAAGUGUUACGAAGAUGAUCCUAGAAGUAGAAGCUCAGGUAGUCCAAAUGAAUACGGACAUCGCUCUUGUGAAUCUUCCCAGAAUUCUGAUGGAGAUAUUCGGUCUGAUUGUGGUGCCACUACGUCCUCGCUAUAUUUUCCGAUAGAUGAUAUAUUGCUUUGGCAUAAGGCAAUUGAAAAGGAAUUGAUUGAUAUAGCUGAGGCAGCUAGAAAUAUAAAAUUUAAUGAAGAUUUUUCUGAUCUAUCUGCCUUCAAUAGGAGGCUCCAAUUUAUAGCCGAAGUCUGCAUUUUUCAUAGCAUAGCUGAGGACAAAGUUAUAUUCCCUGCUGUAGAUGCAGAAAUCUCUUUUGUCCAGGAACAUGCCGAAGAAGAGAGCGAGUUUGACAAGUUCAGGUGCUUGAUAGAGAGUAUUGAAAGUGCUGGAACCAACUCAUCUGCUGAAUUUUAUUCAAAAUUAUGCUCACAGGCUGAUCAUAUAAUGGAAACUGUGAAGAAGCAUUUUCGGAAUGAGGAAAGUCAGGUCCUUCCACUUGCACGGAAACAUUUCAGCCCUGAACGUCAGCGAGAACUCCUGUACCAGAGCUUGUGCGUGAUGCCACUGAGAUUGAUCGAAUCUUUCUUACCAUGGUUGGUUUGGUCUAUGGGUGAAGAUGAAGCUCGGUGUUUGCUUUACAACAUGCUCAUAGCAGCUCCAGCUUCAGAUACUGCUCUGGUUACUCUGUUCUCUGGUUGGGCAUGCAAAGGUUGUCCUGGAGGGAUAUGUUUGUCUUCCUUUGCAAUUGGUGGUUGUCCUGUAGAAGAGAUUAAAGAAACCAAAGAGAAUUUUGGAACGUCUUGCAAUUCCUGUGCGUGUUCAAGUACAUUAAAUGAAAGUAGAACUUGUGGACUAGCAUGUAAAUGCGAAAAGACUGUCAAGGAUGGAAACUUAGAUUCUUCUUUAGAAAAUAUAGCUUCAGAGGUUUCGGGAACAUUAUCCCAAAAGGCUUCUCAGACUAACCAGUUUUGUUGUGUUCCUGGUCUUGGUGUCAGUAGAAAUACCCUAGGAAUGAAUUCCCUCUCCGCUGCCAAAUCUUUGCGCUCUUUAUCUUUUGUUCCAAGUGCUCCUUCUCUCAAGUCCAGUCUUUUUAACUGGGAAACGGAAACCGACUCUAAUAUUAGUGACCUUACAGCCCGACCUAUCGAUACCAUUUUUAAAUUUCACAAAGCAAUUCGGAAGGAUUUGGAAUAUCUAGAUGUUGAAUCUGGGAAGCUUAGUGAUUGUGAUGAAAAUUUCAUUAGACAGUUCAGUGGUAGAUUUCGUCUUUUAUUUGGCUUGUACAGGGCACACAGUAAUGCAGAGGAUGAUAUAGUGUUCCCUGCUUUAGAAUCAAAUGAAACUCUCCACAAUGUUAGCCAUUCAUACACUUUAGACCACAAGCAGGAAGAAGAAUUGUUUGAAGAUAUCUCUUCUGCAUUAGCUGAGCUAUCUCAACUUCAUGAAAAUUUGAAUGCGAAAAAUGUGUCGGGAAAUUUGAGCGAAAGUCCCUCUGGUUCUUCAAGUCACAGUAAUAGUUUGAAGAAAUAUAAUGAGCUGGCAACAAAGAUCCAGGGCAUGUGCAAAUCUAUUAAAGUGACUUUAGAUAACCAUGUUAUGCGUGAAGAAGUUGAGCUUUGGCCAUUGUUUGACUUAUAUUUCUCUGUGGAGGAGCAGGACAAACUGAUUGGUCGCAUUAUUGGCACAACUGGAGCAGAAGUUCUUCAGUCAAUGCUGCCUUGGGUAACUUCUGCUCUUACUCAAGAAGAGCAGAAUAAAAUGAUGGACACGUGGAAAAAUGCAACUAAGAACACAAUGUUCAGUGAGUGGCUUAAUGAAUGGUGGGAAGGGACUUCAGCUGCAUCUUCACAUGUAUCGACAGAGAACAACUCUUCACAAGGGUACGAAGUACAUGAAUCUGCAGGAUAUGAAGCACAUGAAUCUGCAGACCAAAGUGAUAAUACUUUUAAGCCUGGGUGGAAAGAUAUUUUCCGAAUGAACCAAAAUGAGCUUGAAGCAGAGGUAAGGAGGGUCUCUCGUGAUUCAACUCUUGAUCCACGAAGGAAAGCAUAUCUUAUUCAAAAUCUAAUGACCAGUCGCUGGAUAGCUUCUCAACAGAAAAUUUCACAAGCAAGAACAACCAAACCUGAAGAUGGGGAAGAUUCACUUGGAUGCUCUCCCUCAUUUCGUGAUUCUGAGAAACAAAUUUUCGGAUGCAAGCAUUACAAAAGAAACUGCAAACUCCGUGCUGCUUGCUGUGGCAAGCUAGUUGCAUGUAGGUUCUGCCAUGAUGAAGUCAGUGACCAUACGAUGGAUAGGAAAGCGACAUCUCAUAUGAUGUGUAUGAAUUGCCGACAAGUACAAGAAGUUGGACCAGUUUGCAUAACCCCAUCUUGCAAUGCACUUCCAAUGGCAAAAUACUAUUGCAGUAGUUGUAAAUUCUUUGAUGAUGAAAGGGAGAUUUAUCAUUGUCCCUUCUGCAAUUUAUGCCGUGUCGGCAAAGGACUUGGUGUUGACUUGUUCCAUUGCAUGACAUGCAAUUGUUGCUUGCCGAUGAAUGCGGACCAUAAGUGCAUUGAGAAAGGUCUUGAGACUAACUGCCCCAUAUGCUGUGAUUUUUUGUUCACAUCGUGUACAGUUGUGAGGGCUCUUCCUUGUGGCCAUUGCAUGCAUCAGUCUUGCUUUCAGGCAUAUGCUUGCACACAUUACGGCUGUCCUAUCUGCAGUAAAUCAAUGGGAGACAUGUCGGUCUUCUUUGGCAUGCUUGAUGCUCUAAUGGCUUCUCAAGUUCUUCCAGAAGAAUACAGAAACCAGUGUCAAGAUAUACUAUGCAACGACUGCGAUAGAAAAGGCACUGCACCAUUUCAUUGGCUGUACCAUAAGUGUGGCCUUUGUGGAUCAUACAGCACCAGAGUAAUUAAGGUCGACCGAGACCCUAAUUGUUCGACAUAGUCCACUCCCACUAGUCACAUAUUCUCCGUUUUUUUUCCUCCCCAUGUAAAUUGCGUCUUAUUGAGCCAAAUUUUGUCAUUUUUGAGACGUUUGAUUGAUAGUUAAGUCCGAUAGAUUAUAAAUGACAUAAAUUCACCCCAAUAUAAUAUUCUACGUAUAUAACGAGUGCGUUACGUCUUACAUAUUUGGAUUGAAAUAAUUUGCAUAAUAAAAAUUUGUUUAACCAUCAAUGGUGAAUGACUGGACUUC